AUGCUCGAAACAUUUACCCCGUAUUCCGCUUCAACCGCGGUGCCCAUCGAGCGCAUCCGCAACUUUAGCAUCAUCGCGCACAUCGAUCACGGCAAGUCCACCCUGGCUGAUAAGCUGCUCGAGACGACGGGCACGGUGCAGGCGAGGGAGAUGAAGGAGCAGUUCCUCGAUAACAUGGAGCUGGAACGAGAGCGAGGGAUUACCAUUAAGUUACAGGCAGCGCGCAUGAGGCACAUAUCAAGGGUGGACGGCAAGGCCUAUUGCCUCAACCUCAUAGACACGCCCGGCCACGUGGACUUCAGCUAUGAGGUGUCCCGCUCGCUGGCUGCAUGCGAGGGCGCCCUGCUGGUGGUGGACGCUUCUCAGGGCGUGGAGGCACAGACAUUAGCAAAUGUGUACCUGGCGAUCGAGGGCAACCUGGAGAUUAUCCCAGUGCUGAACAAGAUAGACCUGCCAGGGGCCGAUCCAGAGCGCGUACGGGCAGAGGUGGAGGAGGUGGUGGGGCUGGAUGCAUCAGACGCCAUCCUGUGCUCCGCCAAGGAGGGAGUGGGCAUUCAGGACAUCCUCGAGUCCAUCAUCGCCAAAGUGCCGCCCCCUGCUCCUACGAGAGACCAGCCGCUGCGCUGCCUCAUCUUCGACAGUUACUACGACCCGUACCGCGGGGUAAUUGUCUACUUCAGGGUGGUGGACGGGGAGGUGCGCAAGGGGGACAGCGUGCGGUUCAUGGCGAGUGGCAAGCAGUACGAGGUGGACGAGCUGGGGGUGCUGUCACCCACUCAGAUGCCCGUGGAUUGCCUCUAUGCUGGCGAGGUGGGGUAUCUGGCAGCGUCCAUCCGCCAAGUGGCAGAUGCGAGGGUGGGAGACACCAUAACCCAUGCGGGGGGAGCGGGCAAGGGCGGCCCACCAGCUAAAGAGUCCCUGCCAGGGUACAGGGAGGCGGUGCCGAUGGUGUUCUGCGGGCUCUUCCCCAUCGACGCCGACCAGUUUACCGCGUUAAGGGAGGCGCUGGAGAAAUUGCAGCUUAAUGAUGCUGCGCUGCAGUUUGAGCCGGAGAGCAGCAGUGCCAUGGGCUUUGGCUUCCGCUGUGGCUUCCUGGGCCUGCUGCACAUGGACGUGGUGCAGGAGCGGUUGGAGAGGGAGUACAGUUUGGAUCUGAUCACGACAGCCCCCAGCGUGGUUUACCGUGUAGUGAAGCGGGACGGGUCGAUGGUAGAGUGCUCCAACCCCGCUGACAUGCCCGAUGCCUCCAUUCGCUCUGAGAUCCAGGAGCCAUACGUGCGGCUGGACAUCCUGACCCCCAAGGAUUACAUCGGCACGCUCAUGGACCUGGCACAGGAGAGGCGGGGCGAGUUCGUGGAGAUGAAGUAUGUGACCGAGUCGCGCACCACCCUGUCCUAUGACACACCGCUGGGCGAGGUUGUGGGGGAUUUCUUUGACCAGCUCAAGUCUCGCACCAAGGGUUACGCCAGCAUGGAGUACAAAGUCAUCGGCUACCGCAAGAGCAACCUGGUGAAGAUGGACAUUCAGCUCAACGGGGAGGCUGUGGAGCCGUUGUCAGCCAUCGUGCACCAGGAAAAGGCCUACGGAGUGGGCAGAGCACUCACACAGAAGCUCAAGGAGCUCAUUCCGCGGCAGAUGUUCAAAAUCCCCAUCCAGGCGUGUGUCGGAACCAAGCACGCGGAGAGUGGACCCUCCCCUCUCCCUCUGCAGCACUUUCAGUACUACGAGGGCGGGUGGUCCGUGGCAUGGGCGGGGAUUUACGGUCUCAUAAUGGGGGCGGCAUGGAUCGUACUCGGUAUAAGCAUCCUCGCUUUUGCGCUCUGCGUGUGCCUGUUCUGCCGCAAACGCUGGAAAGAGCGUCUGGACGGCGACCCGCCUGGCUACACGCCCUCUCAGAUCCGCGUGCCACUUGGCGCGCUCAUAUUCGCUGCUAUAUUCAUCCUGGUGGGAGUGGCGCUGCUGUUAGCAGGGGGGGUGCAGUUCCAGAGCACCUAUCGCAGUGCCACGCAGUUUACACUCGCCACCACGCAAGCCCUCGUGGGCGCCACUCACAACCUCUCCCUCACACUGCAACGCUCUGCCAACACCACCGUCUUCAAUGCUAUGGUUCCCCCCGCCACGCAGCAGACGGUGCUGCAGGGAACAGCAAAUGCGGAGAGGAUGGCAGAUGACAUCCAGGCGAGGAUUGUGAACAGCAUCGACCGGCUUGAUGGAUACGUCAAGAUCGUCACCAUCACCAUUCUCGUCAUUGGCUCAGUCACUGCCCUGCUCGUGCUGCUGGGUCUGGUUGCUGGAUUUCUCCAGUGGUCGGUUGCAUCACACAUACUCGUUAGUGUCAUUUGGGCUAUGGGGUUCAUCACGUGGUGCACUGUCACCCUCUGCCUGCUCUCCACUCUCUUUGCGGGGGACACGAGUGCGGCCAUGUGGCAGGUGUCACAGCAGGACCCAGUAGGCAACUCCACCAUGCAGCAGUGGCUGCCGUGCGCCCGGGCAAGCGACGCGCGCCAGGCCAUCAACACCACCGUCACUGCUCUCUCCGCAUCGAUUGCGCUGCUCAACACGUCCGUUGUCACACACUAUCCCCAGCUGUUGACUGCAGUCAACGCCACUGGCAUCUGCAGCCCCUACGCGGUCGGCGGCGCUGACCUCAGCUACAACGUCACCUCCUGCCCGCCCGGCACUCUGCCGCCCGCUGCAUUCUUCCAGUACGCAUCAUCGCUAGCAAACGACAUGGAGAGGGAUUUCAGCAUGCUGUGGUGGGGCUUCAUCGUCAUCUCGAUUGCCUCCAUGCUCCUCGCCCUCGCCCUCCCCGUCUACAUCUUCCGCUCUGCUCACCCGCUAGCCCUAGUCCCUGCGAUGUCGACAGGAACAGAGACUCCAGCAGAUGUCCAUGCUCCUCGCAACCUGUCCGCAAAUCCAGAAUUGGGUCCCUUGUCGUCCAAAAUACUGCCUCACCUAUUCAAAUUGUAUGGCUGCUCUGCAAGAGAUGGGGAUUUCGAAAUUUACUCUCCGGACGCGAAAUUUGACGAUCCCCUAAUGUCAGCUCAAGGGUUGAAUCAGAUCAAGUCAGCCUUUUACUCCAUGCAAGUGCUGUUCCAAGAGGGGAAGAUUGUGGAGUACACUUUAGAAGAGACAUCAACAGGAGAAGGCUCAGGACUUGUGGUCCUGGACAAUAAGCAGAAUUACAAGGUCUGGGGCAGGCCUUUCGAUGUUGAUUCGAGAAUCCAACUCAAGGUCGAAGGAGGGAAGGUGGUUCACCACGAAGAUUUGUGGAACAAGAAGCCUUUAUGGUCAGAUCCCACCAGGGGCGUUAUUGGAUGGCUGGGCUACACUUGGAGACGAGGUGCGAUGAUCACAACAGACGUGCUUAUGGGCAGAGGAAAGGAUCCAAAAGGGAGGGCAUAA